AUGACAGACAGAGAACACCUGAUGAAUCGCCCACAAAGAUGCCACGUUGUGGAUGAGAACAUCUCUGCAUCUGUGGUUUGCCCAAAGGGCUGGGUGGAGCCAACCUUCACACUCGCUGCCAAAGCUCGCGUUGUCAUCACGGGCUGCUUCUUUCUCAUUGCAGCAUGCAGCAACCUUGCCGUCUUGUACAGCGUCACCAGGAAGAGGCGGAAGUCCCACGUCCAGCUGCUCAUCCUGAGCCUGACCGUGGCCGACUUGCUGGUCACGAUGACCGUCAUGCCCCUGGACGCCGUGUGGAACAUCACGGUCCAGUGGUACGCUGGCGACGCCCUGUGCAGGCUCCUGAACUUCCUCAAGCUCUUCGCCAUGUACUCGGCCGGCCUGGUGCUGGUGGUGAUCAGCUUGGACCGGCACUCUGCCAUCCUGCACCCCUUUUCGUUUGCUAACUCCAGCCGCCGCAACCGGAUCAUGCUCUCUGUCGCGUGGAUCCUCAGCGUUCUGCUGGCCGCUCCCCAGCUUUUCCUUUUCCACCUGUACACCAUCCCGGGGGUCAAUUUCACCCAGUGCGUGACACAUGGGAGUUUCAGAGAGCACUGGCAGGAGACCACCUACAACAUGUUCACUUUCACCACCCUCUAUGUCACCCCGCUGACCGUGAUGGUCGUCUGCUAUGUCCGCAUCUUAUUUGAGAUCAGCAAGCAGCUGAAAAUUAACAAAGGUCUCGCCAGAGGGAAGGACGAUCACAUCUCCAAGGCCAGAAUGAAGACCCUCCGAAUGACGGUUGUGAUUGUGGCUUCUUUCAUCGUUUGCUGGACCCCUUAUUACCUCCUGGGCUUGUGGUACUGGUUCCAGCCUGACAUGAUCCGCAGAAUGCCGGAGUACAUCAACCACUUCCUCUUCCUCUUCGGCCUGCUGCACACUUGUACGGAUCCCGUCGUCUACGGGCUUUACACCCCGUCCUUCCGAGAGGACAUGAAGCUGUGUUUCAGGAGCCUGAAAGGGACGGUGGCCCACCAGGAGAAAAAACUUGCAUCUGUUUCAGAGAUGAACCAUAAAGAAGACUCUCAUGACCAGGGCCACGUGCCGUCAAGUGUCUCCAAUGGAGGGACUAUGCACACCGUGUUCUAGAGGGGGAAACCCUCUGGGAGGGAUGAAACUCAGGGA